AUGUCUAAUCACCUUUACCAAAAAGAAUUACUGGAGCGCAGGGCUUCUCAGGAGAAAAUACAAAAAGUAAUGUGGAAAAGGCUAGGGCAUAUUCCUCUUCAUUACAUUGUCUCCGCAGAGCCACAACGCCGCUUAGUGAGAGGCGGAGCAGCGGGACGGGAGAGAAGAUGGAGGCAGCGGCCGCAGAGCGGGGUCCGGCAGCUGCUGGCGGCGGCGGCGUUGCCCCUGGGGCCGCGGGCUGCGGCGGUGCCGGAGCGGCUGCAGCGGCGGGAGGCGGAGCGGCAGCGGGAAGCGGAGCGGCGGCGGCAGGAGAAGGCGGCCCAGGCGGUGCAGGAGGAGCAGAGCGGGUUCUUCGCGGCCGCCUUCUCCCGGGAGCGGGCGGCCAUCGAGGCGCUGCUGGGGCCCGGCCCGGGCGAGGCGGAGGCGGAGGAGGCGCUGGAGGAGGCAGCCGCCCGGCUGCAAGGGCUGCAGAAGCUCCUCACCGACAGCGUCCGCUUCCUGGCGCCGUACGAGGUGCGGCAGGCGCAGGAGGCGCUGAGCCGGCUCCAGGGGGCCCUGACGGCCAAGCGCCAGCAGCUGCAGCCCAAGAAGCGAUUCGCCUUCCGGGCCCGUAGGAAGGAGGCGGAGUCCGCCCCGCCGCCCGCCCCGGCCGGCCAGCUGCCCGCGGAGUCCGCCCCGCCGCCCGCCCCGGCCGGCCAGCUGCCCGCGGAGGGCGAAGGGAGCGGCCCCCCGCUGUGCGGCUUCAGCCGGGCCGAGGCCCAGACGCUGGAGCUCGGCCCCUCGGAGCUUUUGCAGCGCGAUGUGCUGCUGGCCGAUCUGAGUGACUGCCGGGUGCUGCUCCGCGGCAACCCCAACACGCUCCGGGUACGGGACUGCCGGGGCUGCACCGUGCUCUGUGGGCCCGUCUCCACCUCGGUGCUGGUGGACGGGUGUAGCGACUGCCUCCUGGUCCUGGCCUGCCAGCAGCUCCGCACCCACCGCACCCGGGACACCCGGAUCUACGUGCAGGUGACCAGCCGGGCUAUGGUGGAGGACUGCAGUGGCGUCCGCUUCGCCCCCUACACCUGGAUCUACCCAGGCAUCGAGGGCGACUACGAGUCCUCGGGGCUGGACAGAGGCAGGAACAACUGGAACCUCGUGGAUGACUUUGACUGGCUGGCCAGAGAUGAGCCCUCGCCCAACUGGAGCGUGAUCCCUGAGCAGGAGAGAAUCACCCAGUGGGACUGAAUGGAGGCUGCAAAGGAAACAUUUCCCAGCAUAGCUGCAAAUAAAACUAACUUUGAUUCAUUCUAAAACAACUUUAAAUGCUGAAUUAUAAUGUGGGAUUAAACUACUUGUUCUAAACUGCUAUACAUUGAUGUGCUGUGCUAGAGGCUGGUAACCACUGCAGUAUCCCUGUGACAACGUUUUAGGGCUUCUGUGAUUUGUACACUGUUUUCCUGCUCACUGGCAAUGAGCCUCUAAGUAAAGGUAUGCUGCUGCCUACUUGUUCAACUGUAUAAACUCUGAAAUGCUUUGUGGUAAUGUACAUUUCAGUGGACCAGGAAAUCUAAUGCCCAGACUCCUGGGUUCUAUAGCAUAUUACAAUCUAUGACCCUGUCUUCACUAGUGUGUGUUCUUCAUAGUAGGUAACGUGGCAAAAGUUUUUCAGAGAGGUGGAAUUUCUCCAUUGCCCUAGUGCUGUCUACAGUGGGUUUAGGUUGACUUAAAUUCACACUCCUGAGAGAUGUAGAUUCACACCCCUAAACUAUGUGGUUAGGUCAGCCUAAAUUUUCAGCAUAGACCAGGCCUAGGAUUUACUUUGGUCUGCUAAUAUGGGUGAAAACUACAACUUGCCUUGACCUCAUUAGGCUUUUACAAUAUGUUGGCCACGAAGGUAAGAACCUCCCUCUUUUCCUGGUGGAAGGCUAACCCUUUACACUCAUGGUUUUGUUCUCAAGAUAACUUGAGAAUCAGUUAACUCAAGGUAAAUAUGUUCAUAAAUGCUAUUCUGGGUGCUAACGGACAAAUGGUUGUAGCCUGAAACAGCUAUUUGGGUAGUAUCCAGAUUAGCCAUUACAAACAUUAAUUGGCAAUCAGUUAACUUGAGGUAAAAAAUAGUGUAAACAAGUUCUUAGAGAACAUAUUUAAGGUAUGCAAUAGGUGAUUGGUACCACAGAGGUCUUGCUCUAGUAAUAUGGUACAGUUACCUUAAGGGGUUGAAGUGAUGUGGGAUGGUUGGGGCGGAGACUGGCUUAGAGAGAAACCCCCUCCCCUCCCCACCCAAAUCUUUAACGACAAGCUCUUGAUCUACUGUCUGUACUGCUACCUUCUCUUUUGUAUAGGCAAGUUGCAUAGGCAAUUUACCAAUGCCUAUUUUGGUGAAGAUGUGGCAGUAGCCCUUCAAAAGCACACUACACAUGGUGUAGCAUUAUGUACUUACAGUAGAAGACAUGGAAUAGUCUGCAAGCCUUUGUCCUCUAGUUUAAAAAAAAAAAAAAACCAAACUAUAUACAAGACCUUCCCUUAAAAGUGCUCAUUGUGUUUAUAAGUAGGACAGAUGGUAUAAGGGUGUGAAAAUUUGAAACAGAACUGCCUUGUUCAAAGGUCAUUCCACUGUAACAUCUCUACUCUAAAAUAUGAGUGUAGACAAAUAUAAACACUGCCUUGCCUCCUGAAAAAACCAAGCUGUGCUCUCUGGGCUGAAGUGCAAUGUUUUAAAACAUCAAAUACAUUCAUAAUCACUGUAAAGCAGUAUCUAGCACUCUUAACUACUUGACUGUUUUUCAAGAACAAAUAUAGUCUCACCUAGGCACUGUUUCUUUCCAGAAUAAAGUUGUUACCCUCUUUCAUUUACAAUUUAACUUGUAUGGGUUUGGGGGUAUUGUCACAACUUUGCAGUUUUGUUUACUUGUACUAACUUACCUGAAACUGUGAGGCAGAAGAUGUAUAAUACCAUGAAUGUGCUUUAGCCAACUGUAUUUAACUCAGUCCUUAUUUUGUCUAAUUUUCUGCUGAUGUGGAAACUUUUGGCAGUCUAAUAAAUAUGUUCAAAGAAAAUA